GUAAACAAACAAACAUAAAUUUUAGAGUGCUUUAGCUUCGUUCGAUAGUUUUCUACAGAAAUUCUAUCUUCUCAGUUAGAAAUUUGGAAUGUCCACUUCAAACCAAAACUCUGCUGAAUUCAGUGUUGAAGAAAACGGUGACUUAAAUGCGGAAGAUGAUGAAAGACUUAAAGGAGAUGCGAUCGGUGAUACGUUGUAUUCGGAAUCGUGGGUCUUGAAAACUUUGAUGAAACUUACUGAGGAAUUGCCUUUGUACUCUAAGAAACAUAAAAAUUUUGAAACUCAAGAGAACAAUGCAGUUGAACUGGAUGACUCUUUGGAAACAGACCUGUGUUUGUUGUGGGACAUGUCUGCAGAUAAAGAAGUUGCACAUUGUUUAUUUCAGCACGACAUUUUAUUCUUAACAAAAUGUGUCAUUGACGAAAGCGUAGCCCCAAGAUUAACGGAGAUUGGAAUCGGAAUCCUAGCAAACCUAUCUUGCCAACAGAAAAUAGGACAUGAAAUCCUAUUAGAUAGUGAAUUGCUAACUAGUGUAGUAAAUUUGAUGUCUAGUGAAGACUCCCAAACAAUUAUUCAGAUUGUUCGGCUCCUAGAUAAUUUGAUUCACUAUUCUAAAAAUAAAUCCUGUAGUAUGCUUCUUAACGAUGAAACCUUAUGGAUCUCUGUUGCGUUCAUCCUUGAAAACUCUAUAAACGAAGAGUUGUUAAUUAGAUCUGCCAAGUUUCUCGACAACCUAACUAGUCAUAUGGAGCACGACGAAGAAGUUCCAUAUAAAAACAUUCUUAGUGGGAUAAUAGAAGCCCAAAAGCAACUGCAAAGUGGCAACUCAGAUGUCGCGUUUGAUUAUCCGCAAGACGUUCGAGAUUCAUUUGCCGCCCUGGUUUCGGCGUUGUACAAUUUCAGCAGAAAUAAAACUAUGCGGAUUGAAAUCGUGAAUGCGCGGGACCAUGUCGAUACGUUCUUAACGUUCUACUUUUCCUUUCUAUUGAAAAGCGUCUGCGAUUCGACAGAGGAGGAAUUGGCCAGUUUAACUGCAAGUGCCGUGCAAGCGGCCACGAUCUUCUUCAUCACCAUCAGUUCAGCACCACAAGAUUCUAAGAUAUUGGAGCUGGUGGGCCACAUUGGCAGUAGACUAGAGCCAUAUGUGGACGGAGAAAACGAACUCAGCAAAUAUGCAUCUGAUUACAGCGACGUAGUCGGCGAUUGUUUCCGUAAACAACUCGACUUGUUUGCCAUCGACUAUUUCCUUGGUUUGCUCGAGUCCCUCAACACCAAAGCCCUAGCCUUCAUUCUACACGCAGCUCAUCGAACAGUACCUGACCGGCUCCAACAACUCGUAGAUGCCGCCCAGAGUAGAGGAUCAUUUAACAAAGUGAUUGAAACUUACGAAUCGUGUGUAAGGAACGCUGUCCGCUAGAUGUCUCGUGUUUGGUUUGAAUUGUAAAAUUGUAACACAGCAGCCUCCCUUCGUUUAUCGAUCGCUGUCAAAACCGGAAUUCCUGCUCCAUCCGCUCUAUAUUUUAACGCACGUACCUAUUCUUGUUCAGCUCACAAUACGGUUUUCUGUCGAAGUUCGUCGCAAAUACAAAGAGGGAGAGAGAUCUUCUAUUGAAACCC